AUGGCCCCUCUCGGCGCUUUAUUCGGCGGUUUGUUUGGCGGUGACAGCAGCAGUAGUUCUUCAGAUGCCAAUGCCAGCGCCGACUCGUCGAACUCGAACACAAACACUGCCAGCGGCGGAGCGGGAGGAUCUGGAGGAUCCGGAGGUGCGGGAGGACAAGGAGGCUCGGGAACUGGUGGCAAUGCGGCCGGAGGACAGGGCGGCAGUGCGGCCGGGAAUACCAAUGGACCCGUGACAGUAGCUGGUGGCGCUACGGGAAACUCGGUCAGCGGCGUCACAAGCCAGAGUAACGGGGGGAACACGGCUAUUGGGCCAGUCUCAGGUGGCAACGCUCAAGGCGGCGAUGCAGACGCUGAUGGGGGAGACGCCAGCGUCGGCGGUCUCGAGAACGGAAACACUAGUGUCGGUCCUCUAUCCAACGGGAACACACACGUUAACGAUGAGUUCAACCCGACUUUCAACCCCACGAUAUCAUUCAAUCUGCAGGGCUUUGGAGAUUGCUACAACGACCCACAACACGGACAAAUGUAUGGACAGGGCAUGGCAGCACGCGCUGGACAGCCGCCGCAUGGCAGUCAGCCUCAAUACCCUGGACAACCGCAGCAUGGCGGGCAGCCUCAGUAUCCCGGACAACAGCCCUACGACCCGCAGCAUGAAGAGUACGACGACCCAUCGCAGUAUGGCCAGCCGUAUUCGCAACAACACGAGGACGACGGCAGCGCAGGACAAUGGCAGCACGAUCCCAGCCAAGCAGGUGCUGGUUCUUCCAUGGCGAUGCUAGGGUCUCAGGGCUCGAUGCAUCCCUCCCAGGGUGGCGCCAUGGGCAUGGGCAUGGGCACGGGCAUGGAUGAGUCCGAACACUACUAUCCCGAUCAUGAAGUGGACGAUGGUACCAUGGGAGGAACAAUGACCGGUAUGGAUGCGGAUAACGAACACUACGAAGGGUAUCCGGGAGAGGGCGAGGAAGAGGACGAGGAGGGAAUGGAAGGCUACGACCAGGGCUACGGACAGCAGCCUCAGGCCGUCUACUAG